AUGGCAAGCCAUAGUUCAAAGCAAAAACCAGUGGAAAGGAGUUUCCAUGUCAGAGUCUUAGUGAAGAACAAGUUGUGUGUUCAGUUGGUUGGAACUGUGAUUGCUUCAAGCAUCUACUUUGGGACAGCAUGGUGGCUUCUUACAAGUGUGGAGUAUAUCUGCGAUCCAGCCUUGCUUCCAGAAGGAAGUCCAUGGACAUGCCCUGGUGAUAACGUUUUCUACAGUGCUUCAAUCAUAUGGGGAGUUGUGGGUCCACUCAGAAUGUUUGCGAGGUUGGGAGUCUACCCAGAGAUGAAUUGGUUUUUCCUUGCUGGCUUCCUUGCCCCUGUUCCAUUAUGGUUCCUUUCACGCAAGUUCCCCAACCAAAAAUGGAUCAGGCUCAUCCACAUGCCCAUUAUCAUAAAAGCUACAGGAAACAUGCCACCAGCUAGAGCUGUGCACUUUGUGAUGUGGGGAAUAGUGGGAGUUUUCUUCAACUUCUAUGUUCACAACAGGUACAGGCAGUGGUGGGCCAAGCACACCUAUAUCUUAUCAGCAGCUUUGGAUGCUGGGGUUGCCUUUAUGGGAAUCAUCAUUUUCUUUACCCUUCAAUCUAAAGAUAUUUUAGGGGUGGGCUGGUGGGGGUUGGAAGCAGAAGACCAUUGCCCACUGGCUUCAUGCCCUAGAGCACCGAGGGUUGUGGCUGAAGGUUGUCCAUCUUUUGAGGAAUAG